UCUUAACACACUUUCAUUGUAAAGAUAACAAAAGUGUGAAAUUUUCCCUUUUUUCUGUUUUUCAUACAAUAUGAUCAAAGGACAUAAGUGCCUGUAGUCUAAGAAUCACCCAUAAAUGUAAAUCUACUUAUUCUUCAAAAUGUGUAGUACACAAAAUGUUAUUUACCUGCUUUGAUUUCUAAUAAAUGAUAUUUCGCAAUGUUUUGUUGUUGCAUUGUUUGUCGUCAUUAAAAGUGGACUGUCGCUUUGUAAUGACGUCGAGAACGUGUUCGCCGUCAUAAUAAUAAACCGUGAAUACAAAGCUGCAACAAACCAAAUAAGGGGUUGGCUGUGAAUUUUCUCGCAAUACGCACAAAACGAAUUUUGUGUAAUUUCACCAGACCGGAGUCUUACGGUUUUGGAAGACCGAAGAAAAACAGCAGAACAACGAGGCUGUGCAAUGGCAUCAGCAUCUGCCAGUGUGGACUCCAAGGCAGAGCUGACUGCUCUUCUGGAGCAGUGGGAGAGGGAACAGCAAGGCAGCACAGAGGAGCUAGUAAACAUCCUCACUAAAAUCUCAGAGCUUGUUGAAAAAGAGACAGAAGAGUACCACAAGGCUGAUCCAGAUCCUUUUGAUGAUCGACAUCCUGGACGGGCUGAUCCAGAAUGCAUGUUGGGACACUUACUGAAGAUACUUUUCAAGAAUGAUGACUUCAUGAAUGCACUUGUGAAUAGCUACGUGAUGACGAGCAGAGAAUUUUCACUCAAUGCUGCAGCUUGUCGCUUACUUCAGAACAUCAUGCCUGGACUAGAGACAGCAGUGGUCUUUCAGGAAAAGGAGGGCAUUGUUGAAAGGCUUUUUAAGUGGGCUCAGGAGGCUGAGCAACCGCUCAGAAUCUAUGCUACAGGCUUGUUGGCAGGCGCCAUGGAGAACCAGGACAUUGCUGCCAAUUACAGGGAGGAGAACUCUGUUGUGGUCCCACUGAUGCUGCAACGACUGCAUGAGCUUCAAAAUAAGGAUGCUGCAAUCAAAAGAGAAAUCAAACGCCCAAGCCCCAGGAAGGCCUUAAGUGAGCCUAUGGUGCCUUUGGAUGAGGAAACUGUUGACGGUGGUUUUGAAGAGCAACCCUUCACACUGGCUAGAAUUGGAGGAGAGAAGCCAGAAGAGGACAACAGUGAAAUUCCUUUCUCAACCAUCGAGCCUGAAAAUGAACUUUCUUUCCGUUUAAACUCCCCUCAUAAGACCAGCAGUCGUACAAACUCGACUGCUAAAACCAUGAUGAAGCCCAUGUCUGCCCCCGGUCCGCUGACAUACCAAGGCGUUCUUGAUGGUAGCAGUUACUUAAAGAGGAAGUUUGAAAAGGAGAGUGGUAGGAAUGCAAGGCAGAAGCUGAAUUUCUCUUUACCAGAGCCAGAAAGGAGCUUCAGUGAGCUUUCCAACAGUAGCUGGUCUGACAUGAGCCCUUGGGUGAUUGGUAACAACUAUCAGCUUUACCCCCUUACCCCAGAGAUCGAGCAGCGGCUCAUCCUUCAGUAUCUUACACCUCUGGGGGAAUAUCAGGAGCUCCUGGCAGUUUUCAUGCAGAUGGGCGCUCGUGAACUGCUCAUGCAUUAUAUGGAUCUUAAACAGACUAAUGAUGUUCAGCUCACCUUUGAGGCUCUCAAGUACCUGGCAUCUCUGUUGUUGCACAAGAAGUUUGCUGCAGAGUUUGUGGCUCAUGGAGGAGUUCAGAAGUUGUUGGAAAUCCCUAGACCAUCAAUGGCUGCUACAGGAGUGUCUCUCUGCCUUUACUACCUAGCCUAUAACCAGGAUGCCAUGGAAAGGGUGUGUAUGUUGCCCCACUCCAUCCUGUCAGAUGUGGUUGGCUACACGCUGUGGCUGUUGGAAUGCUCACAUGCGUCUGGCUGCUGUCACGCCACCAUGUUCUUCUCCAUCUCCUUUUCUUUCCGGGCUGUCUUGGAGCUUUUUGAUAAGCAGGACGGGCUCCGACGCCUUGUUAAUCUGAUUAGCACAUUGGAAAUCUUGAACCUUGAAGACCAGGGAGCGCUGCUGAGUGAUGAUGAGAUUUUCUCCAGCAGGCAGACAGCCAAGCACACCUGCAUGGCUCUACGCAGGUACUUUGAGGCCCAUCUGGCAAUCAAGGUGGAGCAGGUCAAACAAUCACUGCAACGCACAGAAGGGGGUGGCCCAAUUCACUCCCCACCAUAUUACAAGGCAGUCAGCUAUGGCCGCGAGCAGGUGGUGGAAAUGAUGGAGUUUCUGAUAGAGCAUGGCCCACUCCGACUGUACUGGGAACCAGCAGAAGUAUUUCACAAGCUGUCUUGUGUUCAACUUCUCCUACAGCUCAUUUCUAUUGCUUGUGAUUGGAGGACGUACUAUGGCAGGAGUGAUACUGUCCGUUAUGCCCUAGACAUCCUUGGUAUCCUCACAGUAGUCCCAAAGACUCAGUUGCUGUUGUCAGAUUCUGUUGCUGUGCUCGAUGAGGGAGGAACCACUGUUUCUACUGUUGGAAUGAGUAUAGUCCUGGGAGUGGCAGAGGGAGAGGUAUUUGUGAAUGACGCAGAGAUUCAAAAGUCAGCCCUCCAAGUUGUCAUCAACUGUGUCUGUGCACCAGAUAAACGCAUGUGCAGUAUCGGCAAGUUCAUUGCAGGCACACCCCGUCGCCGUCUACCCCAGCAGACCAAAGCCAGUGAAAAUGUGCUCACCAAGAUGUGGAAUGUGGUGCAGUCCAACAAUGGCAUCAAGGUACUACUGUCCCUUUUGACAGUGAAGAUGCCCAUUACAGAUGCAGAUCAGAUUCGAGCUCUCGCAUGUAAGGCUCUGGUGGGUCUGUCUCGCUCCAGCUCGGUCAGACAGAUCAUCAGCAAACUUCCUUUGUUCAGUAGUGGACACAUUCAGCAGCUCAUGAAGGAGCCUGUGCUGCAGGACAAACGAAGUGAACAUGUCAAGUUCUGCAAGUUUGCAGCUGAGUUGAUAGAAAGGAUUUCUGGGAAACCCUUGUUGAUCGGCACCGAUGUGUCUUUAGCAUGGCUGCAAAGGGCCAGUGUGGUAGCUCAGUCUAGGAUUACCUUUCCCGAAAAAGAACUGCUGUUGCUGAUUAGGAACCACCUUGUGUCCAAAGGCCUUAAUGUCACAGCCACUGCCCUCUCCAAGGAGGCAGAUCUCCCCAUGGCUUCUCUGUCUCAUUCUUCUCAUUCAUCUUCUGCUUUCCCACCUGUCACUGUUCCUCCCUCAACUGCUUCCCCUGUUCCCACUCUACCCCGUACACCACGGCUGACAAAUGGUGUAGGGUCAAGACUUGGGUGCCAUAAUUCUCAUUCAUCAAACCCAGGGUCCAGCCAUUCACAAUCCCGCCCCUCUACGUCGCAACCAAUUGGGUCGUCAUCGUCUGUUGUUCCCUCGGCAUCUAUCCCUCAGUGUAGCAGUGGCUCUCCGUUGAUUGGCCGAAUAGUGUUCUCUCGUGAACGGACGUCAGGGUGUGGUACAGCGAGCUGCAAGAAAACUCGAGUAUUGAGGCAGAAAUCUGACCAUGGUGCCUUCAGUCAGAGUCCUGCAAUGAAGAAGCAGUUUGACAGACACCUGCCUUCUCCUCCUGCAUUAGACGGCAUAAUCACAGAGUACUUGAGGGAACAGCAUGCACGCUGUAAAAACCCUGUGGCAACCUGCCCACCAUUCUCCCUUUUUACUCCCCAUCAAUGUCCUGAGCCCAAACAGAGACGUCAAGCACCAACCAACUUUACAUCCAGACACACGCGAAGAGUUAUUUAUCCUAAAUAUGGAGGGGUAGAUGGCGGAUGUUUUGACAGGCAUCUUAUCUUCAGCAGGUUCCGUCCCAUCUCUGUGUUCAGGGAGGCAGAUGAGGAUGAGAGUGGAUUUAUGUGUUGUGCCUUCUCUGCUCGUGAACGCUUCCUUAUGCUCGGAACAUGCACGGGGCUGCUCAAACUCUACAAUGUGUUUACAGGACAGGAGGAAGCUAGCUACAGUUGUCACAGCUCCGCAAUCACACACCUAGAGCCCUCACGAGAUGGAUCCUUGCUUUUGACAUCUGCCUCUUGGAGCUUCCCGCUGUCUGCACUGUGGGGCAUGAAAUCAGUGUUCAUUAUGAAGCAUUCGUUUCUUGGAGACCAUUAUGUGGAAUUCAGCAAGCUAUCACAAGAUCGCGUCAUUGGAACUAAGGAACACAUGGCACGUAUUUAUGACAUCCAGACAGGGAAGGUCACUCAGACGCUCAAUAAUCCAGAUCUGGCAAAUAACUACAAGAGGAACUGUGCUACAUUCAACCCCACAGAUGACCUGGUGCUCAACGAUGGUGUUCUGUGGGAUGUCCGCACAGCUCAGGCCGUCCACAAGUUUGACAAGUUCAACAUGAACAUCAGUGGCGUGUUCCAUCCCAACGGCCUGGAAGUCAUCAUAAAUACUGAAAUUUGGGACUUGCGGACCUUCCACCUGCUCCACACAGUUCCAGCUCUGGACCAGUGCCGAAUAGUUUUCAACAACAAUGGAACUGUUAUCUAUGGAGCAAUGCUACAGGCUGAUGAUGAAGAUGACAUAAUGGAGAUGCAGGUGAAAACUCCCUUUGGUUCCUCAUUCAGAACUUUCAAUGCUACGGACUACAAACCAAUCGCAACCGUCGAUGUUAAGAGGAACAUAUUUGACUUGUGCACGGAUACAAAAGACUGCUACCUAGCUGUGAUUGAGAACCAGGACUCUGUCAACACUGACACAGUGUGUCGGCUAUAUGAAGUAGGCCGACAGAGACUUGCAGAGGAAGAGGAGGAGGAUGAGGAGGACCAGGAUGAUGAUGAUCAGGAGGAAGAUGACGACGAUGACGAUGAUUCCGAUGAUGACGUUGAUACGGAUCCCCUCAUCGCUGAGCUCGAGAAUGAAAAUGGUGGAGAGGAUGAGGAUGAUGAUGGGAAUGAUGAUGAAGAUGAUGGGAAUGAUGACUUCACUCCAUCUGAUGAAGAAGUGGCACGUCUUCUUGAAGAUGAAGUUGAUGUUGGUGAUGAUGACGAUGAUGAUGAUGACGACGACGAUGAUGACAGUGACUCAGAUAAUGAUAAUGACAGCUCAGAUAAUUCUGACCUUGAGGAUGACAUCAUCUUAUCCCUGAAUGAGUGAGAACUGAUUUAAGACUACGAGAAGAGAAGAGAACAAGACCUUUGCCUCGUACCCCUUUUAAGCUGCAGGACGAGGAGAGAAAGAGGAUCACAUCAGCAGAUAAGGUGAAGCACUGCCUGUUUGAAAUCCUAGAAGGUGUUGGGACACCUUGGGACUCUGAGUGGCAGGACCAAGGUAGAACAGUGUCAUCGGAUCAAGAGGGGAUAAACAUUGCACACAAAUGGAUGUUCUGGUAAAAAUGAUUGUACACAAUAUAGUUUUCUAAAACUAAAGUGGGUUUGAUGAUGAGUGAAAUGGCCAGUGUGUAUAUGCAGUGAAGAAAUCUUUUUAUAUCUGACUGCGUUCUUUGAGUCUCUCCAUUUGGUAUUGAUUCUCAGCUUUUUUGUAAUUCUUCCUUUGUGCAAAGUUUAGGCUUCGCUGAGGGGAAAAGGUUUGAUUUGUAAGGCUGCAGAGCUGUAUUGUGUGACAAGGGAUGUUUUGGCAAACAUAUUUUCUUAAGAUGAUGUUUCGCCAUCUGGAAUAAUCAAGUGAUACUCAAUUGCUGAUUUGGGAACCUACUGUGUCACACAUCAUCCACAACACCACUGAAUCACCAUGGGCCCUGGAUGGCAAGCACACAGGCAGACAACCGGCCCAUUCCCACAUUAUUUUACAGAUGUGAGUGAGGAAUGGACCGGUUGUCUGUUUUCCACACAGCAGUGCCAUCCCUGAACAGAGUCUGCUGUUUUUAUGAUUUGAGGACAGGACAAACAUUGGUGCUGCUGAUCUGAUGAUUUAACAUUGUAGAUGCUGAGGGAAAUGUAGAGAUGCUUUUCAUUUUCUUUCACAAAAUUUUUGUUUAACCAAAAAAACAAACCUCCAGUCAUCAGUAGGGGCGCUGGUCUGCUCACAUAGAGGAAGCUUGCUUUAUUUUAUUAUAAUACUGAGUGACUGUUUUUAGAGGAGGGAUAUUUUAUUUGGGAUUAAAUUUGAACAUUUGAAAUCUUAGAUCUUGGAAAUCUGCUGGGAAUCUGCAGAAUAAGAACUUGUUACAUUUUCUAUUCAGUUCUGUGUCUUCUGAUGGAUUUGAAAGUUCAAACUCGUGUUUAAUUCAUUCAGUUUAUAUAUACAGUACCAACUCACAACAUAAGUCGCCCCAAGGUGAUUCACACAAAUACGGUCUAACCUUACGCAGCCCCUAAGCAAGCACAUUGGCAACAGUGGUCAUAAAAAAACUCACUGUUAUUAUUUUUAAUAUGGGAGGAAACCUCAAGCAAACUAGACUUGGUGGGAUGAUCAUCUGCUUUGGCCAUAGUACUGACAAGAAAAUCAGUGCAGAAAAAGAAAUGUUGCAGCUAAGGAACCACACACAUGGCGUCCAGUGAUCUCAAUGACAGACUGCUCAUAAGACAUUCAAAUGGCAAAAAAGAAGCAGAAUCCAUGCAAAGGAACCACAGUUGGCAAGUUCAUUGAUUAAUGCCAGAUCACAAAAGGAACCCCUCCUCCCUAACAAGACGAUACAACCACAAGUCCUUAGCACAUUUAAAAGACAAAAAGAAAAGCCUAAGAUUUGCAUACUGUGUGCACAUUUUGAGGUUUUUUGUUUUUGCCUUAAUAUUCAUUUGCCUUUUUUUGUUUUUGUUCUCUACACAAGACUUUUAUGUUAAGAUGUUUGAGACUUCAUGUACAGCUUGUAUGUAUCUAAAGUAUUUUUACUAUAAAUAAACCUUCAAAAU